AUGUGUUUUGUCUUCUAUUUCCUGCCAGCUAAGAGAAGUAGGGAAAGGAGAGACAGGAAGGAAAGAAAAAAAGAGACAAAAAGCGAAAGGUUGUUUUUCCAUUCCUACUAUUUUAACUUGAGUUUACAAGCCAUAACGCAAACCUUGGUCAUCCAAGCAGGGCAUAUAUAUCGGAUGGAACAACCCAGGGCACAGAGCACUACAGCCUCGACCGCAACAGCAACAGGCGGAUCCACAGCGUCGGCAGCAACUUCGUCGCCACCUGCGCAGUCAAAGAUAAAAAGUCAGGUCACGGUUCAAGAAUCAAACAGCAGUAAUCUUGGCUCCACGUCAAGCACAUCAAUCAGAGCACAUAGGUUCUUGGACGCACAAGGUAAAGAUACAACGAUGAACAUGAACGACCAGGGUAAUAAGUCGACCGAAAUCGGUAUUGUUUCAGAUGAAGAUGUCGAAAUGGCAGGAAGCGAUGAAAUGAUACUUCCUGGCAGUGGCGUUCUAGGUAAGGAGUAUACUGAAACGGUUGCAUCAGCUGAACUCGUUGAAGGGACAAUCACUCCUCAUAGUAGUCAAUUUUUGAACGAAAAUAGAAACGAUAAUGCCAGUAAUUUGUUCAAGCAGUUCGACUCAAAGACUGGACAGUUCUUACGUAGCACCGAUCGCCGGAAUGACAAGAUUUCAGAUAUAGAUUUACAAGCGACAAAUACAUCCACUCUUUGCGGUACUAAUAAUAGCUACAAUAGGGGGUUCGUUCGGGAGCGCGAACUAAUCGCAAACACAUCAACAACGGCUGCAGCUACACCGACAACGGCGGCAACAGUGGCGCCAUCAGCAGGGAAUAAUACCACUCUAACACCUGCGUCAUCAUUGAGAAUAUAUACCAGGGGAAAAUUCAGGUCACAUUCAGUACCUACCAUAUCUCAUUCAUCAUUAAGAAAACUAACGAGUUGUGACAAACAAUCUCAUUACCACUAUCAUAAUAAUAGUACCAAUCCCCAUCAAAGUCAUCACCAUCACCAUCACCACCAUAAUCAUCAUAACCAUCAUAACCAUCAUAAUAGUCAUCUUCACCGUCUUCAACAUAACAGUUCGCUUUCAAACCAUUCAAUAAUAAGCUCUGCUGGAAUAAAGAAGAAAAAAUUCACCAAGACCACGAAUCAUCAUAGCAGAGAACAUUCAAACAUUUCGGAAACUCACGGUUUACAUUCCAUGAAUAAGGCAAAUUUGAUGAAUACCAGUGAUGCUAAUAAAAAUAGCAGGCCAAACAAUGGGAGCAACGCAAACAAAGCUGACGAUGUUCUGAAGGCCAGGUCUUCUCAUGCACUCAAUAAUAAUUCAUCUUCUUUGCGUAACGCAAUUUUACUAUGUCAUCAUGGCAGAGCAUCAGGCAUCAAGUAUGAGGAAUUAAGUAUGGACGAGAGGAUAAAUUUGAUAAAGAAUCAGCCUGGAUCAAUGCCUUUGCCUCCAAUAAAUUUACAGUGUCUGAAAGAAAUAGAUUUACAAGAGAUUGUUAAGAAUCCUCAGUUAAGGCACGAUAUAAUAUUUGAUCCGUUAUUGCAGUUUCGGCCAAACUUAGAUGGUGAGAGAGGUGUAAAAAAGAAACAAUUAGCCGAUAAAUACUGGAAUGAUGUUCAAAAUGAAAUAUUCGUUUAUUCAAGGAGAGCAGAAGUUUUCGAUUAUAAUCACACGAGAUUGGUUCCUCUUUUCAACACGCUAAGAGAAGUAUUGUUGACGAUAGUUCCACAAAGAGAAGCUCAUGUAAUAAAUAAUGCCUUGGAUACGGAACUGAGCGUACAGGAAUUACUGAAGGGAUCAUUAAUGAUGUCAAACCUUUCAGAAUGGUUAUCACAACUAUUCAAGCUCCACUGUGCCCCCAUGAGAGAUGCGUGGGUGGAUAAAAUGAGUUUGAAGUUCAAAGAAGCCGAAGAGGAAUCGUCAUUCCCUAAAUUAAUCGAAGCGUUGAGGUUAGUCUUUCAAAUUCUCGAAGCCAUGAAAUUGGACAUUGCAAAUCAUCAAAUAAGAAUUUUAAGGACAGCAUUAUUGAGUAAUUCGGUGGAAUUUGAGAAACAAUACUUCCAAUCAUUAAUGUCCUCCAACAGGGUUAAUCUUAAAUCUUCUCUGAUUUGGUUUAAUAAAAAGUACGUUGAAAGUGAAAUCGCUGGAAAAGCAACAAAUGACCAAGCCACUGCGAGAGAUAUCUAUAAAUUAUGCGUAGGGAGUAUUAUAAGCUUACUUUCAUGUCGCAAAAUGGUUAGGGAGUUUCCUACAUCGCUGUCAUUUGAUCACGCCAGAUUAAUCUUAUUGAGAGCUGAUAUCCGUCAAAUUGUUUGUUUAUUGGUUUGCCGUUUACUUUUCAAACAGCUGGUUGCUAACGACUCUAGUCUAGACAAGUCCACCAAAGAUUAUAUAAAUGCAUCAUUCACAACCAAAAGACUGAAGGAAGAAGUGGUUAGUAUCAUAACAGAUGAACACGGAAAUUGUAGAUGGACAAAGAAUAUCAUGUCAAUAGCUAUCCAUCUUUGCAAAACCAUCCAAGACUUAAAAAAUGAAUUAAUAUCCGGUAAGAAUGAUGGAAAUGAAAAAGUGCCAGACAUUUUAUCUUCCACCGCUUCAUUGGACACAGCCAAAGUUGAUUUUGCAAAAUCUUGGCUAUCAAAGCAGACUCAACCUUUAAGUGAAGUUUAUGGGGUUCUGGAAAACAGAGUUUUCAAAUCUUUAGAGGACAGUAUAUUCAACAAGUCAGGUUGCACAGUGGACGGCAGAGUCAAGCAAGAUUUCAUAUAUAUAUGCAGCAGCAAUACUGGUAACAGUGGUGGCAUAGAUGCGCUGGGAGGAACUACUGGUAGUACCACAACUGUGAUGACACCGUCCAGGGAAGGAAAUACAAGGGAUCUUGCGCAUCUAACAUCACAUAGUACUGUUUCACCUCCGUCAAGUAGUAAUGAGCCCCACAACUCCUUCACAUCUCCUUCUUUAGCAUCAUCUUCUACAACGAUAUGCGGUUCAGACAAUUCGUUUCAGGGUCUUGAAAUGGAAGUGUUUGAAAAUGUUUAUCGUCACUUAUACACCGUGGUAAAUUUUCACUGGUCCGUAUUCGGGUGUCAUUAUGUCGAUUCGUUGAGCGAUAAGAUACAAAAUGCUACCCAUUAA